CCAUGGUGCUGGCUAGUGGGCCACACGCUCGCUCCCCUCUUCCCGGCGCCCGAGAACGGGGAGAGAGACCGGAGGCGCAAAACGGGGUGGAAGCGGCCGAAAAUAUAAGCGCAAAACCCUAAACCCUAGUCCCCUUCCAUCUUCUCCACGCGGCUCCAGGGGGUCGGAGACGAAGCCGCAAUCGCCGCCGACGCCAUGGCGACCCUCCUGAGGCGCGCGUCGGUACGGCGCGCCAUCGCCGCCGUCGCCUCUUCCCCCUGCCCUGAGAGCUAUAGGCAGGUGAUCUGUGGCUCAACUUUUCAUUGCCGAGAUUUCGCAUCUAAAGCCAAAAAGAAGACAAAGUCAAGUGGCACUGACUCUGGUGAGGAGAAUAUGUCAAAAAAGGACUUGGCCUUACAUCAGGCCAUCGAUCAAAUAACAUCUUCGUUUGGGAAGGGAGCAAUAAUGUGGCUUGGCCGCUCUGAAGGUCAUAGAGAAGUACCUGUUGUCUCUACUGGGUCUUUCUCUUUGGACCUGGCACUGGGAAUUGGUGGCCUUCCAAAGGGACGUGUUGUAGAGGUGUAUGGCCCAGAGGCUUCAGGCAAGACAACUCUUGCUCUCCAUGUUAUUGCAGAAGCACAAAAGCAUGGCGGUGGCGGUUAUUGUGCAUUUAUAGAUGCAGAGCAUGCUUUGGAUCCAUCUUUGGCAGAAUCCAUCGGUGUUGACACCAGUAAUUUACUUCUCUCUCAGCCAGACUCUGCUGAGCAAGCACUCAGUCUUGUAGACACACUGAUUCGAAGUGGCUCUGUUGAUGUUGUUGUUGUUGACAGUGUAGCAGCUCUCGUCCCUAAGACUGAGCUUGAUGGAGAGAUGGGUGAUGCACAUGUGGCUCUCCAGGCUAGACUGAUGAGCCAAGCUCUUCGCAAACUGAGCCAUUCUCUUUCACUUUCCCAGACAAUUUUGCUAUUUAUUAAUCAGAUCAGGGCUAAGGUAAGCACAUUUGGAGGAUUUGGAGGACCAACGGAGGUCACUUCUGGUGGAAAUGCCCUUAAAUUUUAUGCCUCUGUUCGCUUGAACAUCAGGCGUGUUGGUUUGGUAAAGAAAGGCGAAGAGACUAUUGGCAGUCAGGUUAAUGUCAAAAUUGUGAAAAACAAGCAUGCCCCACCGUUCAGGACUGCGCAAUUUGAACUAGAAUUUGGAAAAGGGAUAUCCCGCAGCUCAGAGCUUGUUGAACUUGGGUUGAAGCACAAGCUUGUUAAAAAGACUGGGGGUGCAUAUUAUUCUUUCAACGAAAAGGCAUUUCAUGGUAAAGAUGCCCUUAAAUCUUUCCUAACUGGAAAUGAGAGUAUUGCAAAAGAACUGGAGAUGGAGUUAAGGAGAUUGAUUGAAACUGAAGCACCUAUUAAGCAGGAGGCUGAAGACGAUUUACUGAGUGACUUGCCUGAAGAGACUGUCAGAUCUGAUACAUCGUCAGAAGAGGAUCUGGCAGCUGUAAUCGAAGCUUAACCAGUAAUGAUAAUUCAGCUAGGAGCGACACUUGCAGGGCAAUUAGUUUUGGAUCUCCAGCCUUCGGUUAUCACUGGGAAAUGUGACAGGAUGCUCAGGAGGCCAAGUUAUGAUGGUUGUUUAGACUUGACAUUUUGGGAGUCAGGGAUUCAGUAGCAUGUAAUGAUGUAUAUGUGUUGCAUAUCUUAACGAUUCCUCGUGUAAGUUAAGUCCAACCGAGCCUGAGCCACCCUCAAGAGCAGCCCAUUAGCAGCUUUUUGCUGGAAAGAACUUAAGCCCAGCGAAUUCGUUCUAAAUUUAAAUCUCCUUCUAUACCUCA